AUGCGCGCCACGAGGGCGCCCACCGCCUCGCAAAUCCAGAACCCACCCCCGCCGCCGUCGACGACCAAGUCUGGUCGUUUCUUCAAAGGAGGACUCGGAGCACUAGGGCAUGCUCUCAGGGGCAAGACGGCCGGCGCCUUCGGGCCCGACCUCGCCAAGAAGCUGGCACAGCUGGUCAAGAUGGAGAAGAAUGUCAUGAGAAGUUUGGAGUUGGUCGCAAAGGAGCGCAUGGAAGUAGCUCAACAACUCUCCAUUUGGGGCGAGGCCUGCGACGAAGACGUUUCGGAUGUCACGGACAAGCUGGGAGUGCUGCUCUACGAAAUCGGCGAGCUCGAGGAUCAAUAUGUCGACCGAUACGACCAGUACCGCGUCACCAUGAAGAGUAUUAGGAAUAUUGAGGCUUCGGUGCAGCCCAGCAGAGACAGAAAGCAAAAAAUCACCGAUCAAAUCGCCCAGCUCAAGUACAAAGAACCCAACUCCCCCAGAAUAGUCGUCCUCGAGCAGGAACUCGUCCGUGCCGAGGCAGAGUCCCUCGUUGCCGAAGCCCAGCUCUCCAACAUCACCCGCGAGAAGAUCAAGGCCGCCUACACCUACCAAUUCGACGCCCUGCGCGAACACUGCGAAAAGGUGGCCAUCAUCGCCGGCUACGGAAAGCAUCUGCUCGAACUCAUCGACGACACCCCCGUCACACCAGGUGAAACCCGCGCUGCGUACGACGGCUACGAGGCUAGCAAGGCCAUUAUCCAAGACUGCGAGGACGCGCUCACCAACUGGGUCACGCAAAAGGCGGCCGUGUCUGCUAAGCUCUCCACUCGCGCCCGGACUCUCUCGACCAGACGCAGGAACAACAUCAAGGCACGCAGUGAGGGCUUGGACCUGUCGGGUCAGGAUGCGCCGCUUAAUGAUCAGGAUGGAUGGGUUCCUGCGGGACAUCACCAACAUCAUAAAGAUGAGUAUAGUGAGGACGAGGACGAGGACGAGGAUGAGUUGGAGGGGAGGACGAGUCAUUCGGUGCUGGGGAGUGAGGCGGGGUUGAACGGAGGGGAGACAAGGGGACGAAGCCAAGAGGCGGUUGUUGCUUAG